UUAGGAGAUUACAUAAUUUUUUACCAAAAAAAAAAUACAGGAUCCAAAGAGUGGAACCAACGACUUUGUGAAACUGGAGAUGAUUCCCUGUCCUGGAGAAACCGAGUCGUAAAACCAGGCUCCAAAGCACGUAUCAAAAACUUGCCGGAGCAAAGGAAGGAACAAAAGAAUCAUGGUCGUCGUCUUCACCAUGUCCCCGCCAUCUUCACAUUCCCUCAACCUCUACUGCUCUCUCCAAUCUCCUUCUCUUAUUACCAACCCAACCCUCACCAGGCCUCCUCACCUCCAACUACCAGACAGGAUCAAAUUAUUGCUAGGUUCAUGCAAAACCGCCUCUCACCUCGUCCAAAUCCAUGCAUCCAUCCUCAGAAAUGGUCUGGACCGCAACCCUUUGUUGCAAUUCAAACUCCUUCGCUCGUACUCAUCUUCCGGUCUCGUGAACCAAGCACGCCUUCUUUUCGAUCAAGUGCAUGAACCCAAUGUAUUCUUCUGGACUGCUAUAAUUAGGGGUUGUGCACUGAAUGGAUUAUAUAAGGAGGCCAUCCUCCUGUAUUACCAAAUGCAGGAUGGAGGGGUUGAGCCCAAUGCCUAUACCUUCUCCUCCCUCUUGAAAGCCUUCUCAAUGGAACUUCUAGUAAGAGAAGGGGAGGCGGCGCAUGGCCAUGUCCUUAAACUUCAAUUGGGCGAUGAUUCUUUCGUUCAAUCAUCACUCAUAGACAUGUAUGCGAGGUUUGGGAAGCUCGAAGCUGCUCGUCAACUGUUCGAUCAAAUGCUCCACAAAAGCAUUGUUUCUUACACUGCCAUGAUCACCUGCUACACAAAGAGGGGCGAGUUAGACGAUGCUCGAAUGCUCUUUGACGAAAUGAAUGAGAGAGAUGCCAUAUGUUGGAAUGCAAUAAUUGAUGGGUACACCCAACAUGGUCAUUUCAGUGAGUCCUUGACUCUUUUCCAACAAAUGCUCUCAGAGAAUAUAAAACCCAACGAAGUAACCAUGCUCUCAGUGCUCUCGGCUUGUGCUCAUUUAGGGGCAUUGGAUUCAGGCAAGUGGCUCCAUGCUUACAUCGAUAACAAUGGCUUUUCUUCAAACUUGUUCGUUAGCACUGCUCUCAUAGAUAUGUAUUGCAAGUGUGGGAGCUUGGAGGAUGCACGCUCUGUGUUUAAUGCUAUGCUCAGAAAAGAUGUUGUAGCUUGGAAUGCAAUGGUAAUUGGCUAUGCCAUGCAUGGACAGACCAUAGAGGCAUUGAAACUCUUUAAUCGAAUGUGUGGAUUAGGGCUUACCCCUACUGAUAUAACAUUCAUUGGGCUGCUCAAUGCAUGUAGCCAUGCAGGUUUUGUGAAAGAGGGUCAAAGGUUAUUGCAAUCCAUGAAGGAAGAGUAUGGAAUCGAGCCGAAGAUAGAACACUAUGGUUGCAUGGUUGAUCUUCUCGGGCGUGCAGGGCAUUUGGAAGAAGCAUACAACCUAGUGAAGGGCAUGAGUAUUGAACCUGACCCAGUUAUAUGGGGGGCCCUUCUGAGUGCAUGCAAGCUCCAUGGAAACGUCAAGCUAGGGAAAAGUAUAUCUGAAUUCAUAGUUCAAAGUGGAAAUGCGAAUUCUGGAACCUACGUUCUUCUCUCCAACAUUUAUGCUGCAGCUGGUAACUGGGAAGAGGUGGCAAGAGUGAGGACCUUGAUGAGAGAGAGCGGAAUAGUAAAGGAGCCUGGGUGUAGCUCAAUUGAAGUCGAUAACAAGAUCCAUGAGUUCGUUGCAGGGGACCUGAAACACCCAAAGGUGAAGGAGAUCUACGAUAUGAUGGAUAAGUUGAAUAGUUUGCUGAAAUCUGAAGGAUAUAUUCCGCAGACCAAUGUAGUUUUUGCAUAAUAUUGAAGAGGCUCAAAAGGAACUUCAUAGCAUUCAAGACAACAUAUCAAAACAGUUGAGAACGUUUGUAUCUUCUCGCAUUGUCACGAUGCAAUGGAGCCAAUAUGGAAGAAAACUGGGCACAAGCAAACGACCAGAGAUCACAAUCAUUUUCGCUAUUUUGCAGAGAUGUCAAUCAUUUUCUCUUUUCCAGAGAUACACAAUCAUUCAAAGUAGUAUGAUUGACUCCCUCAAUAUCCGUCAAAAUUCACUUGGAAAUUGAGGAGAGCUGUGGAUUCAACUUGUGUCAAUGAUGGAGAUAGAAGGUGGUAGCACAUCCGUUGGCCAACUAUGGGUACCUCAUGACUUAAUGGGAGAUGUACAUAAUCAAAUCCUAAAAAAAUAUUUUAGAAAAGCUUUCAUGGAACCCAUGUAAAAACUGAUCCGGAUUGUGCAAAUGAAACUUGGAGUUCAUUGCU